GAGAUGAGAAACAACACAGGAAUAAUGUUAUUUGUCCUUCGAGGACUAACAGAUGAUCCACAAUUAAAGGUUUUGAUUUUCAUAUUUCUAUUUCUCACAUAUGUUUUGAGUAUAGUUGGGAAUCUAAUCAUAAUCAUCCUUACUUUGAUGGAUGCACAACUGAAAACACCAAUGUAUUUUUUCCUUCGAAACUUUUCCUAUUUAGAAGUGGCAUUCACAACUUCCUAUAUUCCCAGAUAUCUCUACAACUUGUCAACUGGAGACAAUACCAUUACCUAUAUUGCUUGCUUUGCCCAGAUAUUUUUUGUCAUCCUUCUUGGGGCAACCGAAUUUUUUCUUCUAGCCACCAUGUCCUAUGACCGUUAUGUGGCCAUUUGCAAACCUCUGCACUAUACAACUAUCAUGAGCAACAAAGUCUGUAAACAGCUCCUCCUGGGUUCUUGGCUGGCUGGGUUGAUGAUCAUCAUUCCACCAAUUAGUCUGGGCCUCCAAUUAGAAUUCUGUGACUACAAUGUUGUUGAUCAUUUUGGUUGUGAUGCAUUUCCCAUGUUAAAGAUUGCGUGCUCAGAUACACAAUUCAUAGAGAAGAUGGUUCUGAUCUUUGCUAUAUUGACACUCAUUAUCACCUUAUUCCUAGUUUUUUUAUCCUAUAUAAACAUUAUUCGGACAGUUCUGAGAUUCCCCUCAGUUCAACAAAGAAAAAAGGCUUUUUCCACUUGUUCUUCUCACAUGAUUGUUGUCUCCAUCACCUAUGGCAGCUGCAUAUUUAUUUAUAUCAAACCCUCUGCAAAGGAAGGAGUGACUUUGAACAAAGUAGUGACAGUGCUCACAACUUCAGUUGCUCCUGUUAUGAACCCCUUUAUUUAUGCCCUAAGAAACAAACAAGUGAUACAAGCUUUUAAGGAUUCAAUUAAAAGAUUUGUAUUCCUCUCAAAGCAAUAA